CUCUUGUUGCUCUGCAGGGAGGAUUGGGCCCUCACCGACACAACAUGCACCACUACGACGUCUGGCCAGGCCACUGUUAUCGUUCUUCCCGGCGAGUCCGCUGCGUCUUACACGCUUCCGUCAGUUUUCACAUUCACUCUUCCCGCCGAUGGUGGUGCUGGCUCUGGUUCCUUGGUUUCUUCUGGCUUGGCAAACGGUCCCUCUUUCGCCUCUUCCACCUGCGAGUCCUCGGAAACUCCUGUUGUUCCUGCCAUUCCCACUCCUUCAGCGCCAGUCAUUAGCACCGUUACAGUCCCCGUUUUGACGGUGACGCUUCCAAGCCCGCCACUUUCUUCCACUGGUUCAGAUGCAACACCAGUCGCUACAGCGACUGUACCCGGGGAGGCUGCUUCCAAUUCUGUGGGCGUUGUGACGGUCACUAUCCCAGAGGGGCCCAGCGAUACAGCUACCGUGGUUUUGACCGUUACUGUUCCCCAAGGUUCCGGGAGCCCUGGAGCCUGGUCCACCAUCAUCACUGCUCCUGCCGUUUCCGGUGCCCCGGCCGGCCCUCUUGUCACUGUCACCAUUUUCACCUCGCCUGCCUCGGCGGCGCCCGGUUCCCCGACAACUUCCAUCGACUGGUGGGGCUCUGACUCGACGGCCUUUGUCACCAUUCCACUCGACACUGGCUACGGAUCUGACAUUUCGCUGGCGCCAUACACCCUCACGUACACGCUGCCCGUGGCCCCGGGUUUGACCGAUUUGUCGAUUGCCACGGUGACUGUGACCCCGGCGGACCUUUCGAUACCUACUGGCGUUGGACCCUUUGCGACAGAGACCCUGUCGUCGGGCGUGUCUUCUUGGUCGUAUGUUCCUGCGCCGCCAGGCACUUCCGUCGUCAGCUUCACCGUCUCGGCCAGCGGCACUGUUCCUGGUUAUACUGGCGUCAUCACCGUCACACCAGGCAUGUCUUGGGGCCUUCCUACGCCAGUCUCCGUAUCUGGGGACCAGUCAGGGACCGCUACGCCUACCGCACCUGCCCUUGUCACUGUAACUGUCACGUCUCCUUCGCAACUUCCCACGCCUUCGUCUGGUUUUGCCACGCCUUCUGUUGUGACCGUGACACCUUCCUUGGGCCUUCCUGCGCCUUCGAUUGUUACUGUUACGCCUUCCGUUAUUACAACGACGCCUUACGUUAUUACCGCGACGCCUUCCUCGGGUCUUCCAACGCCUUCCAUUGUGGCCGUGACGUACACCGUCCCCGCGUCACUGGGUUUGCCGGCAUCCGAGUAUACGGUCACGUAUACGGUAUCCCCGGAGGGCUACAAUGGGGGUGGCCCAUCCACCGUUUCAGUGCCAGCGCCAUGGACCUUUACCAUCGUGCCUACCGGGGACUCCGGCACGCCUAUCGUUGUCACCUGGCCGAGCGAGCAACCUGGUCCCGUGACUGUCACGGUCACGCCUCCCACUUCUCAAGUUGUUGCAACUGUUGCACCUUCCGCUUCUCAGACUAUCGUGACAGUGACACCUGGCGUCGAGCCAGCCUCGCCGGGCCUUGUCGUCACCACCAUUACACCCUUGUCUGGAACUCCUGUGGUCAUCACACUUCCCGACACCGGCACGCCUUUGGCUCCCGCAACAUCCGCCUGGACCACUCAAGCCUUUAUCACGGAAACGAUUGUCAGCAAUAGCGUGGUCACCGUCACGCCUCCUUCAGGCCCACCCGUCGUAGUCACCAUCCCCCAGUCCGUUGCCUUCACUGUGCCCACUGGCGUUUCUGGUUUUCCACCUGGGACGACUCAAGCUUUUGUCACGGAAACAAUCGCCAGCGAUAGCGUCAUCACCGUCACGCCUCCUUCAGGCCCACCGGUGGUAGUCACCAUUCCCGAGUCCAUUGCCUUCACGGUGCCUACUGGCACUCCACCUUUUUCGGCUGGCUUGUCAUCAUCGACUUCUGGGACAGUUCCUCCUCAAACAGUGAUUGUGUCUCAAGUCACCAUCAGCCAGACCAUUUCUCUUGGACCCGGCUCCUCCACGGUUGUUGCUGUGACAACACAGGUCACUCUUCCAGCUGACUCGACCUCUACAUUAUCGGAAUCUGGUGUCCUUGUUACACCUUCCCUGGCCACAUACACCAUCGCUGACUCCUAUGGGAAUCCAACAAUCUUAACUCAAUGGACAGUCGUUCCUGUCUCGCCUUCAAGCUCCAGCGCAGGCGGCGGCGGAGGCAAUGGAGUGGACGGAACUUUGAGCAGUCCAACUGGGACGGUUCAAUUCAUCACCAUCUCGCCAAUUGCGCCCACCUCUGUGAUCACGAUAUUGCCAUCGGUGGCCCCGUCAGUCAUCACCAUUUGGCCAUCGACAGACAGCUUCUUGACGUCGUUUGUUUCGUCAACUUUAGAGGUGCAGUCUGGCAGUGCCUCUCCGUCCGAGAUCACCCUCUGGCCUUUGCCAACCUCGACUGACACCACUUGCACAACCUUUUCGACGGGGCACGGCUCUCCAACAAUCUCGGGCCUGGGUUCGGCGACGUCUCCAUCCUCACUGUCUGUCAUCACACUAUGGCCAUCGACUGCCAGUCCUCCCUACUCUGUGAUCACAAUCUGGCCGUCGUCGGGAGACAGCGCCCUAGCUGGCUGGCCUACGACAAGCACUUGCAACGAGUCUCCGGCCAUUCUGACGUCGGUUAUUCUCUUGAGCUCGGUCUCUACUCCCUUCACGCCUUUUGGGACCCCGGCGAUCUCCCAGAGCAGCGAUUCCGCUGUGGUGGUGGCGCCCACAGAGACAGGACAGACUUUGGGCUCCCAAGGAUUGGACACUUCAGCCGGCGCCCUUCCUGAAAGCACCGAGUUGCCGGCUUCGCAGCCUGAAAACACCGAGUCUCCUCCUUCGCAGCCCGAGAACACUGAAGCUCCUGCCAAUGAAUCCGAGGAUUUGAUGCCUCCACCGCAAACCCAAUUCAACCGUCAUGGGCAACACGCAAGGACCACCACGUUGGCUGUUCUGUCUGACAGCACUUUUGGCGGCUAUGCCUUCAGCAGUCCGGCCGCAGGCUAUGGUGACCUUCCUCCAGGUUACGGGAACCCCGUGGAAACAGCUCCGGCGUCUUCCAGCCAAGGCAUUUUCUUCACGGAUUCCAGUCUGCCGGUCUCACAGCCCGCGUCGGCUGAUAUCAGCUUCACCGCGUCUGUUCUUCCAAUCUCGACGACUUCCACCGCAGAUCUGGCGGCCAUGUUAUCAUCAAUCAUGUCUGUCCUUUCGCCCAAUGCCACCAUUGUCUCUAGACCAGGGCCUGUCUUGACCUCUAUUCCAGCUGCUUCGGACAACAGCACGUCAUCUACUCAGCCAAGUCUCACCUCCACCACCUACGCAUCAUCGAGCAGCGAUCUCUUGUUGACUUCAGACAGUAUUGUACCAACAGUCACAGCAUUGCCAACAACCGCCAGCUCUUUGCUAGCCAACAUUUCCAGCCUCACUGCAGCCCCCAUUGCCACAAGUCUUGCCAGCACUAGCCCGAAUGUGAGCACUUCCAGCCGAGGACUUCCUGGUUCAACAUGCGGCGCGGUUGGAGAUCGGGGAGCAGUGGUGUUCAAGUUUGAUGACAUCCCUACCAUUUCGACCGACAACGACACCGAGGCCAGCAGCUUCCCAGCAAUGCCAUUACCCUUCCCGUAUCACCGAUUCUUCUUCUCCAAUGGCUUCAGUGUCGUUCCCCCGCCUCGCACCAAGUUCAAGGCUUCCUCUGGCCAGCAGCUGAUCCAGCACAAUUCUUCGGUGUCGCCAGUCGCCGAGUUUGGUCUCGCUGAGCUGCGCUCCAAUCCCUGCUUUCACUUCAGCUUUUUGGGUGUCAGUCUUGGCUGCGACUCUACAUCUGACCCCUGUGUUUUCAACAUGACGGGUCUGCGCUGGAACGGCACCGACGACGUUGUCGAGGCACGCCAUACCUUUGAGGUGGCUGCUUGCUCCAAGAAGACCGACUGUAGCCUCAGCCAUCAGAUUCUGGACUCGGCGGCUGCGUUGCCAUUCUCCAAUCUGACUUCACUCAACAUUUCGCUGUCGGUGGCUGGCAAGCCAGAGACAUGGUGGGCGGAUGACUUGCAAAUUGCUUGGGCCGACAACGACUGCACAGUGGCGGCGUGCCGGUCGCGUGUGCCAAACACGAUCAUGAUUCCGCGCAUUUCACAACCGUUUGCCAGUCGAGCCAAGAGACUGUUGCGAUGGGCGGUCCGCGGCAAAGAUGACAAGUUCUAUUGA